AUCGCUGCACACUCUGUCUGCUGUCUGUUUAAUUUUUGGUUUUAUUUUGAAAUCGGGAAAUGUCUGAUCAGGGAACUGACCAGCACAGGUGGAAGUUGUGAUGAAGGUGGAAGGUGAACAGCCUUCAGCCUCCACUACUCCUCCUCCACCUCUGACUGCUACUCAGCGGUUGAAGAAGGAGCUGGAAGAACAGCUGCGGCAGCAACAGGCCAGACUAGCAGAAGUGGAACGGCAGGAGGCAGCCGAACUAGAAGCUGCAACAGAUCAUUCCAGAAGAGAAUAUCUGUUGCAGCAGCUAGACAAAGCGCUCACUGAUGAUCAUUGUUCUCAGAUCACCCAGCAUAUGGCAGAGAUGAUCUUGUUAGAGCACAAGAUCACGAGCUCCCAGUUUACGAACUGGGAUGAUCGCUUUGUGAGACUGGAGCGUCGGGUUGACGAGCUGUCAGCUCAGCAGUCCAAGAUCCUGGACUCGAUCCGGAACUUGACUGCUCAGCUGGCAGCCGCCAAGCUGAUCACUCCUCAGCCCCCUCUGCUGAAACCCAAAUUUUCUCCUCCUCCUUCACCCCCUCCUUCAUCACAUCCUUCUCAUGCUGGUUCUGUACAUUCUUCCCGGUCAUCUACCCCUUCCCAAAAGGCCUCAGGAAAGGCCACCUAUGCUGCUGUGACUGUAGGAGACUACAAAGGUCCCAAGAUCCCUGCUCCCAACAAGUUUAGGGAACAGACCAAGGUGGCGACUGUUUUGGGACUGCUGGAGGGACCUGCAUUAAAGUGGGCCACCUCUACCUCCAGCAGUCUGCAGCAGUCCAUGGAGGACUGGGCUUUUGGGCUUGGGGUGGACAAGCUUCUGCAGGCCCUGGAGGACCGAUUUGCAGACAAGAAAUCCCGCAAGGCUGCUGACAGGAUUGCUUGCCUGGGACAGCAGUGGUACAGCGGGACUCUGCAGGCCUUGUUUGUUGAGUUCGAGCAACUAACCUCCACCCCUGGGUUGGUCAUGUCUUCUGAUGAUUUGCUGACCAACUUCUGCAGGGCAGCGCCUGAGAAGUUUGUUGUUGCUUUAUACAGCGCUGGGCACAAGGACUGGAGGUCGUUUGGCCGUGCAGCCCUAGAAAUGGAGGCCAAGCUCCAUGUCCAGGCCCCAUCCUCUGAUAGGAGGAAAGGUGCCUUCCCCAGAGGUGGCAGAAGGGGAAAGACAGCCUUUACUCAUGCCGGGUCUGCCUUAGGAUCAGAUUCCGAUUCCCAGCCUGAUGCACCUUCAGGUGGGACCGGAUCUGCUGCUGAGACAGAUGUUGCAGCAGUCGUGACUCAGGCUGUUUUGGGAGCUCUGCAGCUGCAGAAGAAGUUCUCUCCCACCACAGCCUCAGCCAGUGCCAAGGGGAAGGACAAGGGACGUCGGCCUUCCUCUUCCCAGCGCCUUAAUCUGCCCAGAGACGUCCAUAUGCCAGCUAAACCUCUCAAUCCCUCCACACUCCCAUGGCAUGACCUCAAGAUCCAGGAGGGAGUCUGGAGAAGAAGGAAGGAAAGAGGGGUUUGCCUGAGGAGCCCUUUGGUUUACCCAACCGGCCAACCAAGCAUCACAUCGAGCUGCUGGCUGGAGCGGUCCCUCCCAAGGGCCGCAUCUACAGGAUGUCCCCUGCUGAGCUUGAGGAGCACAGUGUUCAGCAAAGUCGACCUCAAAUCUGGCUACCACCAGAUUGAGAUGGCAGAGAAGGAUGUCUACAAGACCGACUUCAACACCAGGUAUGGGACUUAUGAGUUCCUGGUUAUGCCAUUUGGACUUUGCAAUGCCCCAGGCACCUUCCAGACAGAGAUGCACCGCAUCUUCAGGCCUUACCUGGACAAGUUUAUGGUUGUCUACCUGGAUGAUAUCCUGGUAUUCAACAAAACUGCCAGGGAACAUGCUGAGCACUUGGCUCUUGUCCUUCAGUCAUUACGUGACAGCCAGUACAAGAUCAACAGGGAGAAGUCCUCUUUUGGAGUUCCCUCUGUCAUCUAUCUGGGUCAUGUAAUCUCUGGAGAUGGCCUGGCUCCUGAAGCAGCCAAGAUUGUUGCUAUUCACGAGUGGCCUCAGCCUCAGACAGUGAGGGAUGUCAGGUCCUUCAUGGGUUUAGCCUCCUACUACAGAAAGUUUGUCAGGAACUUUUCUGCAGUGGCUGCACCCCUGACUAACCUAACAAAGAAGGACACUCCCUUUCUUUGGUCCCUCCACUGUCAGUUGGCCUUCACACGACUCAAGAAGGCCUUGACUCGUGCGCCUGUGCUGAAGUUACCUGACCCCACUUUGCCAUUCAUCCUGACCACUGACGCCAGUCAGUAUGGCAUUGGGGCAGUUCUUCAGYAGGAUGAUGGGAAUGGUCUACCGCCAGUAGAGUUCAUGAGUAAGAAGAUCAAGACCCAAAAGCUUCAGGACUCUACCUACGAGAAAGAGCUAUAUGCUCUUGUCAGUGCCCUGAAACAUUGGAAGCACUUUCUCCUGGGCAGACACUUCAAAAUCUUUUCAGAUCACUCCACCCUGCAGUGGAUGAAGUCCCAGGGAAAGUUGAACGAUAAGUUGGCACGAUACAUUCAGUUCAUUGACAUGUUUGACUUUGAACUGAAGCACAAGAAGAGCUGCUACAACAAGGUAGCAGACGCCCUCUCUCGUAGGCCUGACUCUUUUGCGCUGAUCUCCUCUACUCACUCCUUUGGAGAGGAGACCCGUCAGACCAUUGCUCAUCCUAACUCUAAACCAGGCCAUGCUCGGAGUUCAGACCUGCUGUAUACUUGCAGCAGAGGGGAGGAGCGCUUGUGCAUUCCCCAGGACCAGCGGCUCAGGACACUGCUGAUGUCAGAGUGUCAUGAUGCCCGUGGACAUUUCGGGUUCCUAAAGUCUUAUGCAACCCUGUCGCAGCGCUUCUUCUGGAAGGAGAUGCGGAGUGAUAUGUUGCGUUAUGUGGACACCUGUGAGCUUUGCCAAAGGAACAAGGUUCAGCAUAAACCUCCUUUGGGACUGCUAAAACCCUUACCCAUACCUGAUGGCCCUGCUGAAUCUGUGUCGAUCGACUUCACAGAUUUAGGCAAGACCACCCCUCGUGGCAUGCGUCAGGUUAUGGUCUGCGUGGACAGGUUCUCCGAAUACGCAGAGUUCAUCCCCUUGCCAGAGGUAGCUAGAGUACCGGUUGUGAGAGCAGCCUUCUCUGAGAGGUGGGUCACACACCAUGGACCGCCCACUUCUAUUGUCAGUGAUCGAAACCCCAGAUUUUGCAGCGAUGAGUGGCAGUCCUACUGUAAGGACUAUCUGCACUCCCGUCUGGACAUGACUUCUGGUCAUCAUCCUGAAGCCAAUGGUUUGGCUGAAGUGAUGAACCAAGUCUUAUUCCAGCUGCUGCGCCCUGUCAUCUCGCCAGAUCAACAGGACAAGGAUCUUCACUUAGCGAGGGCAUAGCUCAUGUAUAACAUGUAUGUCCACUCCUCGACAGGGUUCAGUUCCUACCGGUUACACUGGGGACAUGAACCACGA